UUCUUCUUGGAGUGAAAAUUGUUCGACAGGAGAAUGAGAAGAGACCUGCGCUCACAGAGUGAAGUUAGUUGGUUUAACACUGCGUCGCCGGUAUAGCUUUCGAGUCUGCAGCGAGGCCAACCCGGGAGCGACAAAUGAUUUGUCGGAGUCAAAGCAGCAACAGGGCACGGAGCGAAAUGUCAGCGACUGUUUCAGCCUUGAGCCACGGAGAGCGCGACUAGUACACCGCAACGCGGAAAACAUUCAACGCGGGGAGAGAAUGCGAAUGGUGCGAAUAUAUCGAAACCAAACAAAAUGGAAACCAUGUAGCAUCGCUCCAGCGUUCCAUAUAGCUAGAACUAACCGUAGAGUAGAGAGUAGAUAGCCAAGGAGCUAGCGCAGGAACUAACAUAUAUAUAUACAUGUAAAGUUAUUCCUUGGAGGAGCUGAAGCGGAGCCAGGCAGGAGGUGUUUGUUGAAUCAGAGGAGUUCAUCAGCGCGAACCAAGAAGAAAAACAAGAGGAUGCUUCGGAGGAGACUAAACCGCUUGCUUGGUGGUGAUGAGGGAAGAGUUCACAGCAGGACGAUCUACGUCGGCCAGAAGUCAUGUCCCCCCAAUGAGGCUUUUAUCCCUCCCAAGUUUUGUGAUAACAGGAUUGUGUCCUCUAAGUAUACAGUCUGGAACUUUCUACCAAAGAACCUAUUUGAACAGUUUCGAAGAAUUGCCAAUUUUUACUUCCUUAUCAUCUUCCUGGUGCAGGUGAUAGUGGACACCCCCACCAGCCCAGUCACCAGUGGCCUGCCUUUAUUUUUUGUCAUUACAGUAACUGCUAUCAAACAGGGAUAUGAGGACUGGCUACGGCACAAGGCUGACCGUGAGGUGAAUGAGUACCAGGUGUCAGUACUAGAGGAUGGCCGGAGGAUACGAAAGCAGAGUGAGAAGAUCAGGGUGGGAGACAUUGUGGAAGUAGAAGAAGAUGAGACCUUUCCCUGUGAUUUAAUACUACUGCAGUCUAGCCGAGAGGACGGCACAUGUUUUGUUACCACAGCAAGCCUGGAUGGAGAGUCCAACCAUAAAACACACUACACAGUGCCAGACACAGAGAGUGAUCUGCAAUAUCUCAGUGCCACCAUCGAGUGUGAACAGCCUCAACCUGACCUUUACAAAUUUGUGGGCCGUAUGCACAUUUACAAUAACAGACAGGAGCCUGAUGUGAGAUCUUUAGGCCCAGAAAACCUGCUGCUGAAAGGAGCAAAUUUGAAGAACACUCAGAAGAUAUGUGGUGUUGCAGUUUACACUGGAAUGGAGACAAAAAUGGCUCUUAACUAUCAGGGCAAAUCUCAGAAACGUUCUGCUGUGGAGAAGUCAAUCAAUGCCUUCCUUUUGGUUUACCUUUUCAUCCUGGUGAGCAAGGCGCUUGUGUGCACCACCCUUAAGUAUGUGUGGCAGAGCAAGCACGAUGAGCCGUGGUACAACGAGAAGACGCAGAAGGAGAAGGACACUAAUCUGUACCUAAAAAUGUUCACAGACUUCCUGUCCUUCAUGGUGCUCUUCAACUUCAUCAUUCCGGUGUCCAUGUACGUCACCGUUGAGAUGCAAAAGUUCUUGGGGUCCUUUUUCAUCACAUGGGACAAAGAUUUCUUCGACCCUGAAAUCAAAGAGGGCGCGCUGGUCAACACGUCAGACCUGAAUGAGGAAUUGGGACAGGUUGAGUACAUCUUCACAGACAAGACCGGCACUCUCACUCAGAACAACAUGGAGUUCAUAGAAUGUUGCAUCGAUGGCUUCCAGUACCGGCAUCGGGAAGACAGCUCAGAGUUGGACGGGGUUUGUGUCACAGAUGGACCUGUAAACAAAGUACAGCAGAAAGCUGGCACGGAGAGGGAGGAGUUGUUUCUUCGUGCCCUCUGUCUGUGCCACACCGUUCAGGUGAAGGAGUCUACAAAGAACGGCCGAGACCAGGUAGACGGUUUAGGGGCCGAUGAAGAGGUGCUACAUCCCCCACAGAAAGAGAGGGGCUUCAUAGCUUCCUCGCCCGAUGAGAUUGCCCUGGUUCAGGGAGCCAUGAGGUAUGGCUUCACGUUUCUGGGCCUUGAAAGUAAAAAUAUGAAAAUUCUUAACAGGAAUAAAGAUGUUGAAACGUAUGAGCUACUUCAUGUGUUAAACUUUGACCCUGUGAGAAGACGAAUGAGUGUAAUGGUCAGAUCUAAAACAGGUGACAUAUUGCUUUUCUGUAAGGGAGCAGAUUCUUCCAUCUUCCCUCGAGUCAGACAGGAGGAGGUGGAGAGGAUUCGCAUGCAUGUGGAACGAAACGCAACUGAUGGUUAUCGCACAUUGUGUGUGGCCUACAAACAUCUCAGUGCAGAGGAGUAUGCAAAUGCAGAUGCGGGCUUGAGAGAAGCUAAACUGGCUUUGCAGGACAGAGAAGAGAAGCUUAUGGAUGUUUACAACCAAGUCGAGACUGAAAUGACCCUAAUAGGAGCUACUGCUGUGGAAGAUCAGCUUCAGGACGAGGCAGCGCAGACCAUGGAGGCUCUGCAGGUAGCAGGCAUGAAGGUUUGGGUCCUAACGGGGGACAAGAUGGAGACGGCCAAGUCCACUUGCUAUGCCUGUGGAUUGUUUAAGAAAAACACAGAACUGCUGGAGCUAACGUUGCGCACUCUUGAGGAUGGAGGAAGGAGGCGGGAAGAAAGGCUGCAUGAUCUGUUACUUGAGUACCAUAAGAAAGCUGUUCAAGAUGCACCACCAGUAAAGUUAGGAAUAACCAGGAGUUGGUCUGUAGCCAGCCAUGGCUUUGGUUUUAUCAUUGAUGGAGCUUCUUUGUCGAUGGUGCUCAGUUCAUCCUCUGAAUCCAAUUCAAGCCUCUACAAGAACCUCUUUCUGCAGAUUUGUCAGAACUGCACGGCUGUGCUGUGCUGCCGCAUGGCUCCUCUGCAGAAAGCUCAGAUCGUUAGACUGGUGAAGAACUCUAAAGGCAGCCCAAUUACUCUUUCCAUUGGUGAUGGAGCAAAUGAUGUUAGCAUGAUUUUGGAAGCUCAUGUUGGUAUUGGUAUUAAGGGUAAAGAGGGUCGACAGGCAGUAAAGAACAGUGAUUAUGCUAUCCCCAAACUCAAGCACCUCAAGAAACUUUUGUUGGCUCAUGGACAUCUUUACUAUGUUCGCAUUGCACACCUAGUACAGUACUUCUUUUACAAGAAUCUUUGCUUCAUCUUACCUCAGUUUUUGUACCAGUUCUUCUGUGGCUUUUCCCAGCAACCCCUGUAUGAUGCAGCCUAUCUGACGAUGUACAACAUCUGCUUCACCUCCAUGCCCAUCCUGGCUUACAGCCUUUUGGAGCAGCACAUUUGCAUUGAGGUUCUCUUGGACAACUCCACCCUCUACAGGGAGAUCGCUAAGAACGCUAUGUUAAGGUGGAAACUAUUCCUUUACUGGACAGCACUUGGACUCUUCCACGGCUUAGUCUUCUUCUUUGGUGUUCGAUUUUUGUUCAGUAACCCAGCUCUUCAGGACAACGGCCAGGUAUUUGGGAACUGGUCAUAUGGAACUAUUGUUUUCACCGUCCUCGUCUUCACUGUAACGCUAAAGCUGGCUCUGAUCACACGGCAUUGGACAUGGAUCAACCACUUUGUAAUCUGGGGUUCCCUGGCUUUUUAUGUGUUUUUCAGCUUCUUCUGGGGAGGAAUAAUAUGGCCCUUCCUGAGGCACCAGCGUUUGUACUUUGUGUUCGCUAACAUGUUGAGCUCAGUGUCAGCAUGGCUGGUCAUCAUCUUACUCAUACUCCUCAGUCUACUGCCAGAGAUCCUGCUUGUGGUGCUCCGCAAGCCUCGUGGACCCCACGCUCGACAGAAUGCACAUAUAACACCUUAUAAGAAAAAGCAAGUUCAGUCGAACGUGGGGGGCCCCCAGUCUUCAGCCAGGCCCCUGCUCAUGAGAACCUUUUCAGAUGAAUCCAAUACUGUCAUUUAAACAGCUGGCAGAGGGUGACCUCCUACAAGCUUCCAGAUCGCUGCUGUCACACCACUUUCCUACAAGCACCUGAAGGAGCAUGAGUGAAAGGCAGCCUGGACACUGCACUGAAAUCCUCUUCUUUUUGAUUUUCUUCCAUAGCUGAAGUGACUUCAGUAAGGGUGGAGAUGAGGAAAAAUAUUAAAAGGUGUGAAGCAAGAGAUCAAGAUGAAGAGGAUGAAAAACACCAUGUAAAGACUUGGGGGAGAAGUUCAAAUUGUUUUUGAAGUCUUUUGACUUCUGUUUCUUUUUUUAGUUUUUUUUGCGCAGUCACCUGCCCAGCGCAUGCCUGCAGAGCAGUGCUCUACUAUAUUUUAUAAAAAUAACUCGGAAGAUGGGCAUGAAUCUUCUUUCUUUUGCUUUUUUGAUAUUUGCUUACAAAUGAAUGCUACCUUGCCAGUAGCUAAGUACAACUACUUUGUUUCAUCAAGCAGUUGUAAUAUCCACUCCAAGAAUGGUACAUCUGCAUGAAAACUAAAAUCCCACUUCUCUGAUAUUUAGUCUGUGUUUUCCAUAAUCUUUUUAUUUAAACUUAAUCUCUACACUUGUAUUUUUGCAAUGUUGUGUCCUUUUUAUUAAUUUCGAAUGUUUUUGUCUACAAAUCCAAAUCAUUCCAGGUGAAAUAUUACUAAAUGUGAUAUCAGUGCAGCUGAAAGCAGCAUGCAGACUGUUAGAGUAGUUUUUAUUAUUAUUUUGUUUUGGUGGAAAAUCUGAUAUCUGUUUUUAUUGCUAAGUUAUAAGAGGAGUCUGUUAUUACCAGUCAGUCCAAAAUGUGUGCUUGUGUAAGAUUGAGCGUUAGAUUAAAGACUUAAAGCACGCCCCAGCAAUGAAACGUUACAUGGAGCGUGAGCUAAAGCCUUCCAGCCUCAAAGAUUAUUUAAUAGAGUCCAUUAUGAAAUGAAAAAAUAAUAUAUUUGGUGUUCUGUACAUAGCUUAGAGAUGUUUAUUAACAUCUGCUCAAAGCCAAAAUGAUCAGAUUGCGUCCAAACAAAUGUGGCCUUACGGGGACAGGCCUAUGUGUAUGGGUGCGUUGUUUAGAAGUGCAAAAAUAUGCUGGAUGAGAAUAGCCACAAAUGCCUGCGUGUAAUGAAGCCCAGGUUUACUUGAACUUUGUUGAUUCGGAUCAGUUUGACAUUUUCAGCUCUAAUAAGGAAACUGGUUCUUUAUUAUGAAUCUGGUCACGUUAAUUAUACCUGGAUGCACAUGUAUACAGUAUCAGUUAGGUAAGAUUACCAAUAAUCAGUGCACACUGUAAACAAAAAUCAACACGUAGAUAAAGUCUAAAUGAGAUAUUUAUGAUUAUUUGGUGUUCAUUUUGUCUCCUCAGAUAAAUUUGGGUUUUAAAGUGGCUCUUUGUUUGAACUGCAGAAUCAGCAUAGCUUAAAUUCACUGUGAGAUGCUGAUAGCGUAAACUGUUCACCUUUUCUCCUUCUUUAACUUUUUACCUGUAGUUCUUUAUACAUUCCAUCCAAACAUAACAUGAUUUCACACACUUUGAUACUCUUUUUGUAAUAUGCUUUACUUUCUUCUGUAAUCAUAUUAAAUAUACUUGCCAUAUUUAUUAUUAAGUGUAAUUUUACUCACGGAGGUUAUAUUUUUAUUACACGUAUCUUUUUAUUAUUCAGAGAAUGUUAAGCUUUGUGCCAACAAGUGGAGCUUGUGUGUUGUUCUCCGGCUCUAACUUGAGACAGCAGUAAUCCCAUUCAGCAGUCUGUAUUGUGUCUGCAUAGACCAGGCAGCCCCUUCCCAAUACACCCAUAUUCCCCAAAUCAAUCUCAGAGGCUGGUUAUGUCCCUCUGUAAAGUACAGUCCUGGCCACAGGUUUACAUACACUCAUUAUGGGCAUGAAUGUGAUUUUGAUGAGGGGCCAGAGUGGAAUCAUGCUAUAACAUACAUCUGUAGUCAUUUUUAAAAACACAAAAUGUUGUGCACAUUUUGAAAUUGUUUGUACAUUUUCAGAAAUUUACAUAAAUGUAAUAUUCAUACAACCCUACUAAUAUUCAGAUUUGUGUUAUCAACCCCCACCUCUUCAAUAUUCUCUUUGUAAUCAUCAACAGGCCACUAUCAUUAUUAUGGUUGGAUAUUUACCCCUUGGAGUUCAUUAAACAUCAUUGGUUUCCCAUCAUAUUCCCUGCUUUAAGCAUUGUCAUCAACAUUAAGGUGGGGGCUUUCAGAGGAUCAGUCAAGAAGUCUUCUUCCAAAACUGGUUUUUAAAUGUGUUCGGGAUCAUUGUCCUGUUGGAGCUCCGAAAUGGGUCUAAGUUUUAAAAGUCUGAACCAAAAUUUUGGUCUCAAAUGAAUUAAAAUUUGUUAGAAAUAUGAUGAUGAGAUGCCAUGCAACCACCAAGGCUUAAGCCUGCUACAAAAUGGGAACUGCUGGAAUGCUAGGGCCAGUCUCCACAGUGAAACAAGUUUUAUAAGAUAGGAUAUUUUAUUGAUCCCACAAAGGGGAAAUGUAUGUGUCACAGCAGCACAAAAAAGGACCGUGCACGAAAAAUGAUAAUAGCAGCAGAGACGAUGUUAAAAAAGUAAAAAAUUAUAAAUAAUUUAAACAUUAUUUGACUAAGAGGUUGCCAACCAAGAUGUCAUUCAGAUAAGACACAACUUGAGCUCUCUGGACAAAAACAGCCAACUGUAAAGUCGACUUGAAGCUUUUUAACCUGAGAACCAAUUAUCAAGCAUGGUGGUAGUAGAGUCAUGCUGCGGGUCUGUUUCACUGCCAGUAGAACUGGUGCAUUUCACGAAAUGAUAGGAAUAUUGAAGGAAGGAGAAUGUGUCUAAAUUCUUCACCUUAACCUCAAGUCAACAACUAAAUGUAACAUUGGUUAGAGUUGGGUAUCCUUAUGGGACAAUGAUCCCAAACACACAUCAAAACUGGUUUUGGAAUGGGUAAAAUAAACUGGUAUAGCAUAAUGGAAAAAUAGGGACUAUGCUCUGUGUGCCAGGAAAUCAACCAGUUUAUAUGAGAUCAUCCAGCGAUGAUAAAGAAAUAUCAACAUAUUCAGUUAAAAUCACACCAGGAGGCUGUAAUUACUGAGGAGCAUUUGGUUUCUCUGCAACUUGCUGAAAUGCAUAUAACCCAAUAUUAGUGGGGUUGUAUGUAUAUUUCUGAUACUCUAUGGGUUAGAAAAAAUAAACGUUGCAGUGUUGAUCAACACUAGAAAAAAAGGUUCAGUUGCACCCAAAAUGAAAGGCGUUCAUGCAAACAAUGGGUGUAUGUAAACUUAUUAGCAGAACCAUAACACUUGCGUAAAACUGAUAACUGCUAAUGAUUUGUGUCCAAGCUGUUGUAAGUCUUGCAGUGAAAAUUGUAUUAUUUAAAUCAUCAGAUUCUCACUAUAAUGAAGGUAUUGGAAUGGAAAAUCUUGACCUGACAUCAGCAUAUGGUCUGAGCUUAGGGUCAUUUGAUUAAUUAAUUGUCUACUCACUUUCAGACUGGAUGGGGCUGCCUGCUUCAAUAGAUGAGAAACCUUUAAAUGACUUCAGAAAUGCUAUUUUCAGAGCUUAAAUAUGUUAUAUUUUGCUUGUCUAAAUGAAAUGUUAAAAUGAAUGGAUUGUAUUUUUAAUGCAACGUUUUUCCAGCCAGUUUUUAAAGAAAAAAAGAAAAUAAAAAAGAAAAGAGAAUAAGAGACUCUGUGGGUGUCUGUCUUAGGAGGUGUUCACUUUCAGGCACCUCAGGCAGGGAUUCCUGCCUUUUGAGUCUCCAGCUUCACCACUUCAAACCUCCAAGCUGAAUGUACCUCUUUGAAAUAUUAAAAACCUGAAGAGUUUCUGUAAUAAAACUGAAAGUUUUAAAGAUAAA